GGUCGAAACCCAUUCGAUGUUAUUUAACGACAUCCAAAUCCAGUGCGAGAGAAACACUUCAGUGAGCAACUCUGAGGAAAAAAACAUUUCAGCUACACGAUGAAGCCAUUUUCAAUUUUUCUCCUUUUCAUCAUCUUCUUCGUUGCAUCAGCAUUAGUUUCUGCUAAGAAAGAGGCUGAUGUAACUGAGUUGCAGAUUGGCGUUAAGUAUAAACCAUCAUCAUGUGAAGUUCAGGCACACAAAGGUGAUAAAGUGAAAGUACACUAUCGGGGAAAACUCACCGAUGGAACUGUUUUCGAUUCUAGCUUUGAAAGAAAUAGUCCAAUUGAUUUUGAGCUUGGUGGUGGUCAAGUGAUCAAAGGAUGGGACCAAGGACUAUUGGGAAUGUGUCUCGGUGAGAAGCGGAAAUUGAAAAUACCAGCAAAACUUGGUUAUGGAGAACAGGGCUCCCCACCCACUAUUCCAGGUGGUGCAACACUUAUAUUUGACACCGAGCUUGUGGGAGUGAACGACAAAAGUUUAAGCGGAGAUAACUCGGAACUUUAGACAAAUCAAAAGAAAUGGAAAACUAGACUUUUGGCAAUCUUUGUUAGCUUAUUUGUAUUCCUUAAUAAUGCUUUCAUCACCAAGGUUUCGUUCUUCAACUCUAAGUGAGGCUAGUUUAGAAAGAUUUUACUGUUGUAUCCUAUAAAUUAAAUACAUCUAUUUGGUAUUUUUUAGCGAUUAAGCUUUUGUUAGAAUUUUCA